AUGGCAGAAUUUUUAAAAAAUAUUCCAGAAUUUAUGGAGUCCGAGUUAGGCGAAUCUAUAGCCUCUAGAACAGAAUCCUUGACAAACUUUAAAGAGCUCGGUCCCCCAAAUCUAGUACAUCUUAUAAAAUAUCAACCAAAAUCAGAAAACAAGAAUAUCAGCACAUAUCAUUAUGUCUCAGGAGUUGAUGCAUCAUCAUCUGCAUCUAUAGCCGCAUAUCUAAACGAUCUAACAUAUUCUAUGACUAAAGAUCAAGUAUGGUUUGGGAAAAAUCAAUCAUGGGAAAUACAUUCAGGGCUUUUCUGCAUAUAUAAUGCUUUUUCACGUAUUGAUAUUCGCGUUGAAAUGAAAAUUCCUGGAGGUAUUGAAAGCAUUGCUAUUGAUGAAUAUGGAAAUAGAAAAAAUAUAACACCUGAAAUGUGGACUGAAACAUUUCUUUGUGAAAUUUUACGGUGGCUUCAAUUCUCAGAUGAUUACACAUAUCAGCUUCCAGGAUUUCGUAAACUAAAUCCAAUAACAUCUAUAGAAUUUGAGGAAAAAUUUUUAGAUGCUUGUUCUCAAUUAUUUCUAAAAGGCUGGAAAUUAGGAAGUAGUCCUGAAAUACAUAUUCCUGAUAUUGUUAAUAAUAAUCUCACAAAUGGUAUAUUAAAGUAUCUUAACAUGACUGGACGUUAUGCUGUAGGAAUUAAUCUUUUUGAAAAACUUCGUAUUAAAAACUCAGAAAUUAUACCCUUUUUAGCAAAAUUGUACUUCUUAAUGGAUGAAGAAUUUAUUGCUAUUGAUCUUUUAAACGAAAGUUUAAAACUAAAUCCUAUUAAUUAUUCAUCUCUUAUUAUCCAAGUAGAAUAUCUUAUGAAAAAAAAUUGCUACAAUUUGGCUCUUCAAUGUGCUAAGAAAGCUGUUAACAGUGCACCUUCUGAAUUUAUUACAUGGGAAAAUCUUGUUCAAGUUUAUAUAGCACUCGAGGAUUAUAGAAUGGCAUUAUUAACUUUAAAUUCGUGUCCAAUAUUUUCUUAUUAUGAAAAAGAUGGUCAUAGAAUGCCAGAGCCAAUUAAAGCUCAUUUUCCAAGUCCUAUAAAAAUGGAUGAUUGCGAAUUAACUUUAAAUGAAAUAUAUAGAAACAAUAAUACCAUUGAUCCAGCAUUAUUAAGAUUACCAUCUCUAUCACUUAGAGGAACUUUUUCACGUGCAUAUGACCUUCUUAUAAAAAUGGUAACAAAAAUUGGAUGGGAUCAACUUUUAAAACUUCGAUCAUCAGUUUUUAUUAUGAAAGAAUAUAAAUUGCAUAAAGAAAAUAACUCCGCUUCGAAUCAACAUACAUCUAUUUCUACUUUUAGUGAUUAUAAAAAUAAUGAUAUUGGAGCUAACAAGACUGAAGAUUCAAAAUUUGAUGAUAAAUCUAGAAAUUACAAAAAACCAUUAGAUACAAAAAGUGGAAUUCUAACACAGAAAAAGGAAUUCUCAAAAAAUUGCAUUAAUGAAAGAAAAUGUAGCGAAAAUAAAAAAAAUAACGAUUUUAUGCUCUAUGAAAAAAGACUUUGUGAGCGUUGGUUAGAUAAUCUUUUUAUGAUUUUAUAUGAAGAUUUACGUGUAUAUACUAUAUGGAGAGCAGAAGCUUCACAUUUUAAAUCCCAAAAAUUAAUCUACAAAAAAACUGCUGCAGAAUGGGAAAUUUUAGGCAGUCUUGCAUGGAGAUUACAAUAUAAAGAAGAAUCAUUGGAAGCAUUCAGAAAUUGCCUUGAACUAAAUUUUUCUGUAAAAGCAUGGGAUAAAAACUUAUUAUUCUAUAAAGAGCAAGAGGAUUAUGAAAAAGUAUUAUUAGCUAUUGCAAAAUUGAAUGCAUGGAAUUGUAGAUGGUAUUCUGAAUUUUCUCCUGAUUUAUUAAAACAUUUACGAAGUGUGAUUGCAUAUAAUGGUAUUACUAAAAUUCGUAACAUGCUUUCUUCUAUAACGAUAAAUAAGACUUAUAUUGAACUUAUGGAUCGUUAUCUUAUAUUUAUUGAAAAAUUUAAGCUUCUUGGAUAUUCUGAAUAGUUUUUACGUAACUGUGCUUUUUUCA